AUUUCUCAAUAACCAAACAACCAACCUUAUCUUCUUCUUCUCAACAACUCUCUAAUGGCGGCACAAUAUUCAGCAGCCCGGAGGAACUCCUCCUCCAAUACCCAACUCUUGGACGAACUUGAAGUACUCAGCCAAUCCCUAUACCAAUCCCACGCUCCCGCCGCAAGAAGAACAGCCUCUCUAGCUCUUCCUCGAUCAUCCCUCCCUCAACUCAUCUCAUCAGCACCACCAGCAUCAGCAGACGAUCCCAAAAAUGAUCUCUACAAUCAAAACAUCAAUCCUAAGCCCAGAACUAGACGCCUCUCAUUAUCCCCAUGGCGCUCCCGCUCAAACGACCAACCCAAACAACAACCUCCUCCUCCGCCUUCUACCACCACCAAUACCAAUAAAUUUCAAGACGACCCAUCUUCCUCCGACAAGAAAAGUGGUGGUCUUUGGAAAUGGAAACCAAUUCGGGCACUCUCUCAUAUCGCCAAACAGAAGAUGAGCUGUUUGUUCUCAGUUGAAGUUGUAAGCGUUCAGGGCCUUCCUACUUCCAUGAAUGGUCUCAGACUCUCUGUUUGCGUCAGAAAGAAGGAGACUAAAGAUGGCGCAGUUCACACCAUGCCUUCCCGGGUUUCUCAAGGGGUGGCUGAUUUUGAAGAGACGUUGUUUAUUAGGUGCCAUGUUUAUUGCUCACCCACUGGCCCUGGAAAUGCCCUGCCCAAAUUUGAACCUAGACCCUUCUUGAUCUAUGUGUUUGCUGUUGAUGCUCAUGAGCUUGAUUUCGGAAGAAGCUCUGUUGAUCUCAGUCGAAUGAUUGAGGAAUCAGUUCAAAAGAAUUCUGAAGGUACUCGUGUAAGACAGUGGGAUACCAGCUUCAAUCUCUCUGGUAAAGCUAAAGGAGGAGAGCUUGUAUUAAAGCUUGGAUUCCAGUUGAUGGAGAAAGAUGGAGGGAUUGGGAUUUAUUCACAAUCCGAAGAACAGAAAUCUGUUAAACCUAAAAACUAUUCUUCUUCUUCUGCUCGUCAACAGUCCAAAGCAUCAUUCAGCAUUCCAAGCCCUAGACUAUCAAGCCGACCGGAGGCGUCCUGGACGCCAUCCAAUACUGGAACAAGCGCCGACUUACAAGGAAUCGAUGACCUUAAUCUCGAUGAUCCUGCUCCGGAGCCGGAGACAAUUGUUCAGAAACCAGAAGAGCAGGAAAUGUCGAAUAUAGAGGAAGUUGAUUUCCUGGAUUUCGAUGUAGAAGAGAAAGGAGUUGAGUUUCAGGAAAAAGCUGCUGCUGCUGCUGGAGCAGCAGACAGUGCUACUGAUAAUGAAGCACAAUCGGAGGAUAACUCUGAUAAGAGAUCGGUUUCCAGUGAGGUUGUAAAGGAAGUUCUUCAAGAUCAACUUCACUUGAACAGGCUGUCUGAGCUUGAUUCCAUUGCGCAACAGAUUAAAGCUCUUGAAUCAAUGAUGGGAGAUGAGAAGUCUCUGAAACUAGAGGAUGUAGAAGAGCCAGCACAGAGAUUGGAAGCAGAUGAAGAAACAGUAACUAGAGAAUUCCUUCAAAUGCUUGAAGAUGAAGACGACGAUAGAGGAUUCCUUCAAAUCGACGAUCAUUCCCCUUCGUUGAAAAAGCUUCAUCAAUAUUCUGGAGAUGGAGAAGGUAAGGUUUAUCUACCUGAUCUCGGCAAAGGUUUAGGGUGUGUAGUUCAAACAAAGGAUGGAGGUUACCUGUCCGCAUUGAAUCCUCUCGACAUCGAAAUGGAUCGGAAAGACAGUCCGAAACUCGCAAUACAAACGUCAAAGCCGCUAGUCGUUUCGUCAAUCGGCGGAUUCGAAUUGUUUCAAAGAAUAGCCGGACUAGGUUUCGAAUCGCUAAGUUCCGAGAUCGCAUCUCUAAUGCCUAUGGACGAAAUCACAGGCAAAACCGCCGAACAAGUAGCGUUCGAAGGACUAGCUUCAGCUAUAAUCGACGGUAGGAGCAAAGAAGGCGCGAGUUCAACCGCUGCCCGUACAAUAGUUGCGGUUAAGACCAUGGCGACAGCUAUGAAUAUCGGCCGAUCGGAGAGGAUAUCGACUGGACUCUGGAACGUCGGAGAAGAGCCGAUAUCUAUAGAAGAGAUUCUAGCGUUCUCAAUGCAGAAAAUAGAGGCUAUGACGGUAGAGGCGUUGAAGAUUCAAGCAGAGAUGUCGGAGGAAGAAGCUCCGUUUGACGUUUCACCAUUGAAAGAUAAUCAGGCAUUAGCAUCUGCGGUUCCGCUGGAGAAAUGGAUGACAUCAAAUUCUUCUUCAUCGACUGUGACUAUAACAGUGAUAACGCAGUUGAGAGAUCCGAUGAGACGGUAUGAAGCGGUUGGAGGACCAAUGAUAGCGUUUAUAAACGCAGCUAGGGUUAAUGAUGAUGGCGAUAAGAGAUUCAAGAUUGCAAGCUUACAUGUUGGAGGAAUGAAAGUGAAGAGUAGAGGAGGAGGAGGAGGGGGGAAGAGAAGUUCAUGGGACAGCGAGAAGCAGAGAUUAACUUCAAUGCAAUGGCUGGUGGCUUAUGGGCUGGGGAAGAGAGGGAAGUCCGGCGCCGGCGGAUCGAUAUCCAAGGGUCAGGAUUUGUUUUGGAGUUUAUCGUCAAGAGUUGUGGCUGAUAUGUGGCUCAAGCAUAUAAGGAAUCCGGAUGUGAAGAUCAUCAAUAACUGAUACACAAUUUCUUUUAAUUUCCCAUACCCAUUAAUCCAAUUAUUAUACAUAAGAUUUAUUUCUUUAAAUAAUCCAAUUAUUAUUGUUUAAUGUAAGUAAACAAAAAAUCUCUCCAGACUUUGCUGAUUUUUAUAUAUAUAUUUUUUGUGUGUGGGUA